AUGUCAGUAAAAUACAAACCAGGAAAAGAUAAUCCUUCGGGCUACAUGUCGCGACACCCGGUAAACUCUGAAAACGAAAAACAAAAACUGAACAUUGCUGAAAAAUAUGUUAACUUUAUAGCUGAAAGCUCAGUGCUAAAUGCUAUGACUCUUGAUGAAGUGAAGUUAGCUACAGUCCAAGGCAAGCCAUUUGACUAUGCAAAGUAUGGCAAGUGGCACAAUAUGAAAUCAAUAGAAGACCCAGAGAUAAGUGUGGAAGAACUUACUUCGCUUAGAAGCAUCAAAGAUGAGCUAACUGUGCACGGUGAAACAGUCCUCUUACGUGACAGUGUUUUACCAAAGUCCCUCCGUGAAAGAGCCAUACACAUCCCACAUGAAGGUCAUCAAGGAACAACCAGAACAAAAGCAUUUCUAAGAUCAAAAGUCUGGUUUCCAAACAUGAAUGAAAUGGUAGAAGACAUUAUAAAAGGCUGCAUAGCGUGUUUGGCUACAACAAAAGAAAGAAACCGGACGGAACCUCUAAAGAUGUCUGAAUUACCUUCUGGCCCAUGGCAGGAUCUGAGCGCAGACUUCUACGGACCAUUACCAAGCGAGGAAUAUCUAUUUGUCAUAACAGAUGAAUAUUCAAGAUACCCUAUGGUGGAAGUAGUGAAGUCGGUAUCAUCUAGCCGUGUCAUACCUAUAUUGGACAAAACGCUAUCCGAAUUUGGUAUGGUCAAGACCAUCAAAACUGAUAAUGGAAGUCCGUUCAAUUCCGAUUCAUUCAGACAGUUUGCAGCAUACAGUGGAUUCACACAUCGACGCGUAACUCCGCGGUGGCCAAAAGCUAAAUCGCAAAGCAGAAGCAUUCAGUAA